AUGUUUGGUAAAGCAAAGGCAGACAAGGAAGAGGACAAACCUAAUAUAGAGUCCCGCUCAUCUGUUCCGGUCCGUCCAGUGGGAUCUGUCUCUUCAAGUGCAGACUCUGUGUUCUCCUCACAGGUUCCCGUUGAAAGCCAUGAACUGUCAAGUCCGAAUGUUGUCUCGGGCAGUUCGAGCGACGAAUCUCGCGGUUCCCUCGGGAAAAGAGUCGCAUAUGAUCUUCGUUGGGGUGCUAUGCGUCUGCGUCCUCCUCUGGGUCCAAAUGUUCAAAGCGCCGGGAAUAGUGAUACAUCGGCACUGUCGGGAAAUAUGCAAAACCCUGCAAUCUCACUGCGUGGAAUUAUGAACUUAAAUCCAACGCCAGUGGAGCAGCCAAAGGUAUCGACCGAGCACCACCAUCACCACGUUUAUCACCACCACCAUCAUGAUGGGUCUGUCACGACGCAGGAUAGCCUGGGGUUGUCCAGAAGCAGUGGAUCGAGCGAGUCUGGAAAGCGCCUGGAGCUAAAAAGACAUAACGAGUAUUUCCCGACGGACGUUCGGCAUCGCAAAAACCCUGAGCAGCCAACAAGCGGCCAAAAUUUCCUACAACAGAGUAGACACCCUCAAAUGAAGUUCCCUCAACACCAGCUUCCUCACCAGCCUCCUCCACAGUAUAAUAUGCAAGGGCCAACUGUCGGGAGACCGGUGCAGGGACAGUAUCAGAUGCCGACGCAAUUCAUGGAUGGCCAGGUUUGGUUCCAGCAAGAAUCUGAUGGAAGUGUGAGGGUGUUCUCUCAGAAAAACAUUCCUGAGUCACAGUCAAAUCAGCAGGGCUAUGUACCCAUGUCCACAUAUCAGGAAUUAGUACACUAUACACACUCAUUGCAGAAUUCAUUGUCUACGAUGGAAGGACGUAUUUCAGCUUUGGAGAACGAAGGGCAGCGGAGAGAGUCCCAAACUGAACAAGACGCAGCAGGUACGGCUUCGUCAAAACAGCAACACUAA